AUGGUAAAUGUUCAGUCCGGAUUUGAAACAACAGGAGUGUAUCCACUUGACAGGAGUAAAAUCAUGCCACCUGAGUAUCUUGAGGAAAGCGUUUUGGAAGAAGAUGUGGAUGGGUUGCCAUUUCUGCCAUUGUUGACUCCGUCACGAAAGUCGUACUCCCGAAAAGAAACUGAUGUUCCUAGAAAAGAAACUGAUGCUUCCAGAAACUACACAUAUCCAACUGCUGGAAGACCCCUUAAAGAAAUUUUAACUUACCCUGAGCCAAGCUUCCAACAAUCAAGCCGAGAAAGACAUCUAGAGAAGUGGAUAAAACAAGAGAAAUUCCGAAAAAAGCAAAAUAAGUACAUCAGAGAAUUAAAGAAAAAUCCUCCGGAUAACUGGUCAGAUACCCUAUGUGAUACGUAUACAUUCAGUGGCGGUGGUUUUGAGAGUUCUCCUCUUAGUACAUUCCAAGCUCACCCAGUGAAAAGCAGUGGAAAAAGUUCUACAACCACCAUCAAAUCUACACCGUUUAGGACACAUGCUGGAGUGAGUGUUCAGACUGGGAGAAAGAAGACAGCUCCAGACGACCAAGCUCCUGUCGUUGUCGUUGACCCUAAGAGCCCAGUGAAAAGCAGCAGGGAAAGUGCUACAUGUACAAGGAAUGUCAAAUCUACGCGCUCUAGAACACGUGCUGGAGUGAGUGUUCAGACUGGGAGAAAGAAGACAGCUCCAGACGACCAAGCUCCUGUUGUUGUCAUUGAUCCUGAGAGCCCAGUGAAAAGCAGCGGGGAAAGUGCUGCAAGGAAUGUCAAAUCUACGCCCUUUAGUACACGUGCUGGUGACUCAAAGGCAUAUAAGGUACACUUUCAAGUAUCCAAUGAAUCAUUGCUUGAUGACUCAGAAACAAAUCCGUGCAUUGGGUUAGUGAUCUUGGUCUCUCUCUUUAUGCCCUUCAACGUAAUGCUUGGCUGUCAGCAAAUCAUAUUUCUGCUGCAAAUAUGCUGCUCAGAAGAGAAUUCCCUCAUCAAAACGGACUUCAAGAUACUAUGUACUUGCUCGAAAAUCUCCAGUGGAGAUCGUCAGCUCAUGAAUUUGUGCAAAUAAUUCAUAUUGAAGGAUUUCAUUGGCCGUGCUUAUCAAAUAAAUUAUCAUCUGAUGCAAGUGAAAUACAGCUGUAUGACAGUCUUCACAUAGAACCUGGCCCUACCAUUAUUGAACAGUCUUGCACGAUUCUCCAUUGUAUGAAAGACCUUUUCACAAUCCAAGUUGUGAAUGUUCAACUUCAGUAUACUGGUGAUUCUUGUGGUUUGUUUGCCAUCGCUAUGGCUUAUGAUUUAUGUUCUGGUCGAAACCCUUUGAAAAUCAGCUACGAUGAUGAGAGUUCAUCUGGAGCGUUGCUUCAACAAUCGUGAACUGUCACGCUUCCCACGAGCUGCAAAAAAAGGGAUUGCCCCAAGACAAUAGUCGCAAAACGCAGGUUCCUGUAUACUGUAGUUGCCGAUAUUCUGAUGUGGAAGUCACAUCGAGGUUUGGGGAUAUGGCGUCAUGUGACAGUUGCAGUAAAUGGUACCACCAGGAUUGCUCAAAAAACAUGGUUUUGUAUGUCGUGAGCCAGUAGUAAUAAUAUAUUGUUUUUAUGUUCUUUUUGUAGUCUAUUUUGUCUAUUUUGUCUGUGUUACCAUAUAAUCGUUGAGGAUUAAUUGCUCUUAUAAUAGUUGGAGCGGUUUGGAAUCGAGGCUAAUGAUGUUGUAACCUGCAAUGGGGCGUGGCCGAAUUUCAAUCCGGUAGAUUUGUGAGAAAAAAGCGUGGCUAGAAGCGGAAGAGCUGCACCACAGAGUUUCAUAUUUUGCAUGCAGCUAUAGUAGACAUAGCGCUAGUUAGCUACUACUAGAAGUUAAUCUUAGCUGGAUCGUGCCUCCAUACUCUAGAGAAGAUCGUUGUGCCGGAAAUACAUGCAAUUGGCUGAAUAUAUGUACUUUCGGCAGCGCUGGAAAGUUAACUCUAACUCCGGAACACAACGUUGGUUGCAAGUCUUGUUUGGCUCAUAGGAACAUCACAUCAAGAGCUCUAUAUAGUAGCAAAAAUAAAUCAAUUUGCAAGUGCUGUGUUGGCGUACAAGCGGCCGAUUUAUCAUGGUGGCUGAUCUUCAGUGGUUUACUCUAGCAGUGUAAAACGUGUGCACUGCUUCAUAAUAUAUAAUGCUCUAGCUAGUAUAGAUCUAGUAUGGAUAAUUAUCAAGUAAUGGUUAGGACUAGGGCCUAGGGGGGGACAAGUUUAAAUCGUGGGAGCAUCAGUCUAUUAUUAGUAACCCCUCUCCACUUCUGAAUCUAGUCUCGCGAGCCACGUCUGCUCGGAGACUACACUUAAUCAUAGAUACUAUAAAUUCUAUGACUUAAUUAAUCCUCCGACAGGGGUUAUAAAAGUUUUUGCAAACAGUGGCCUAAGUAUAGGAUAGACUACACCUAAGAGUAGAAUAAUUAUGCGUCUAUGUAACCUCCGCGGUUGCGGUUAGCCCGAGGCGCAUGGUCUAUCUAACUUUUUUUUUUUUUUUUUUUUUUUUUUUUUUUUUGGUAAGUAUUAUAAUACUUAUUGCAAGUGAGAAGAUAAAAGACAAAAGACAAAACAAAAAAACAAACCAAGAAAAAACAACAAAAACAUGUGACAUAAUUUUAUAAAGUUCCUGGGUGAAAACACAUGUUUCAGACCGAUAGCACCCGGCCUUCUUGAGUUGCUAGGUCAAUAGUGCCAGUGUCUAAGGCCUUCCAUGGUGUGGUGGUGGUGAAUGACUUCCUAGAGCCUCUGAUGCACAUAAUCUCUGAUCUUAUGAGGGAGAAAUUUAGCCUACAUCUCAUCCAAUUCAGAGUUGUGCUGUAUGUUUUGUCCUGUUUCUCUGCCAGCAUUGAAGCUAGUUUCUUGUAGACAAUAUGUGGUCUAUCUAACUUGGACUUCUGCGCAUGCGCGAGGCGUGGUUAUAAAAAGCCAGGUUUGGUGCGUAGCAACAGAAAUUGAAUUUGUGCGAGCUGGACGAGCUGGAGAGCUGUGAGAGACACCAGUUGACAGAAAAAGACAAGAAGACGGCUUCAAAACAACGAAAAAACUUAGUAGAGCUUGUGAAACGCUUGUUGAAGAUACUGGAAAGAACAGACAAGUAAAAAGAACCUAGAACUGACUGCAACACUACAAGAAGAAGAAUGAAGCUCUGUGGUGGAGUGGAGGGGGGUAUAGAGCAGACUGGACCGGCAUGGAACCUUAAAAAAAACUCAAUAAAAAGUGUCAAGUGAUUGCUGAAGUGUUUUUGAUGCUUCCUGGCCCCCCUUGCCCAUGCCCAACUGGAAAAAGCAAUACAAAGCAACAGUGGACAUGGAAAGAAUGGAUAUUGACUGAACAAACUAUUGCAUUCUGUGUUUUUUAUAAUGUUUUUGUCAUCUUCUUGUCACUUUCACUAAAAAUGUCAUUCCAACUUUUGAGAA